AUGUCGAGGAAGGCGUCGGAGAAGGAGCACCAGCAAGUGGUUGUGGCAGUGGACAAAGACAAGGGAAGUCAGCAUGCCCUGAAAUGGGCAACCGAUCAUCUCGUCAGCAAAGGCCAAACCAUUGUUCUCCUUCACGUCAAACACCGCAUGUCGUCUUCUUCAUCCUCUUCCUCUUCUUCUUCUUCUGCUCCUGCUGCUCUAGAUGAUAACAGAGUCCCGAUCGAUGGCCAGGCCAGAGAGCUUUUGCUUCCUUUCCGCUGCUUCUGCACCCGCAAAGACCUAAAAUGCAUUGAAGUUGUUGUGGAGGACUACGACAUAGCCAAAGCAAUCGUCGACUAUGUGAAUGCGAAUUCCGUCGACGCCGUGGUGCUCGGCAGCGCUUCAAAAGGCGGCCUCGUUAGGAAAUUCAGGGUGACAGAUGUUCCAAGCAAUGUCUAUAAACUGGCACCAGAUUUCUGUACCGUUUAUGUCAUCAGCAAAGGAAAGAUUUCAUCCGUGAAAACUGCUACCGCGCCUGUCCCUGCAUUGCCUCGACCUACUGCUGCUGCUGCUGUAGCCUCUCCAGGCCCCGGUUUCGCAAAUCCUGAACCGGCUUCCAGGGCUUACCAAAGAGCAGAAAGAUCAGUUUACCCGUCAAGCAAUCAGAUUGAAGAUGAUUUCAUAAGGUCGCCCUUCACAAGAGGAAGAGCAUCAAUAGCCAAACUAGCCGAAUCGCCAAUGCCGGAUUCAGACAUUUCCUUCGUCAGCAGCGGAAGGCCGAGCGUCGACUACCAGUUCGCAUCCAUGAGCGACGGGGAUGCUCCGAGGCUCUCGACCGGUUCGGAUUUCGACACCAGAAGCACCGGAUCGUCCUACUCAGGAAACCGGUCCCUCGAUCUGUCCACCAUCUCUCAGGAAAGUUGCAGACUUUCAUGUUCUUAUCGAAAUUUUGGCAACACGUACUAG